ACCGGGGACCGCGCACAGCCUGGAAGGCAGGCUGGGACAUGUCUGGCCCCCGAGGACGGCCAGUGGGCGAUGGCUGCGGUGGCGGAGGGGCUGGAGCCCGAGGCAGCUGCUACAGAAGAUGCCGCACAAGAUGCUGUAGAUACUGUGGAUGCUGUGGACGCAGAACCCGGGGACCCCCCUCUCCUGGUUGGGAGCCGGCUGAGCCUGGACCUGUACCCUGGGGGCUGCCAGCGGCUGCUACACCUGUGUGCCCGGCAGUCCCCGCAGCUGCUGGAGGUGCAGUUCAUGCAACUGAGCAGCCACGAGGACCCUCGGCUGCUAGAGACCACCCUGGCCCAGGUGCCGUGCAGCUUGCGGCAUCUUCGCUCCCUGGUCCUCAGAGGUGGGCAACAGCGGGAUGUGCUGGGUGCCUGCCUCCGGGGCUCCCUGACCACACUGCCUGCUGGCCUGAGUGGCCUGACCCACUUGGCCCACCUAGACCUGAGCUUCAACAGCCUGGAGACGCUGCCGGGCUGCAUCCCCCAGAUGCAUGGUCUGAGCACCCUCCUGCUCUCCCACAACCACCUCUCAGAGCUUCCUGAGGCUCUGGGCGCCCUUCCCGCCCUCACCUUCCUCUAUGUGACCCACAACUGCCUGCGAACGCUGCCCAAAGCGCUGGGAGCCCUGUCCACCCUUCAGUGCCUCGAUCUCUCACAGAACCUUCUGGACACUCUGCCCCCUGAGAUUGGAGGCCUGAGCAGCCUCACCGAGCUCAACCUGGCCUCCAACCGGCUGCAGAGCCUCCCAGCCUCCCUUGCGGGGCUGCGGUCCUUGCGGCUGCUUGUUUUGCACAGCAACCUCCUGACCUCGGUGCCCACCAGCCUGGCCCACCUCCCGCUGCUCACCCGACUAGAUCUGAGGGACAACCAGCUCCGGGACGUGCCCCCUGAGCUACUGGACGCCCCCUUUGUGCGCCUUCGGGGGAACCCCCUGGGCGAGGCCCCGCCUGCCCUCCCCAGUCCCCCAGGGACACCGACGAUCCCAGAAAUGCCCAGACUGUUCCUGAACUCAGAUUUGGACAGCUUCCUCGUGACCCCCCAAGGCUGCUCGGUGACCUUGGCCUGUGGCGUCCGCCUGCAGUUCCCUGCUGGGGCCACUGCCACCCCUGUCAGCAUCCGCUAUCGACUACGGCUGCCGGAGCCGCGACUCGUCCCCUUGGGUCCCCACGACUCUCUGCUCAGCCACGUCCUGGAGCUGCAGCCCCACGGGGUGGCCUUCCAGCAGGAGGUGGGCCUGUGGCUGCUCUUUGUGCCCCCGCGGGCCCGGCGUUGCCGUGAGGUGGUGGUCAGGACCCUGAAUGAUGACAGCUGGAGUGACCUGGAGACUCAUCUGGAAGAAGAGACACCCAAGCGGCUCUGGGCCCACUGCCAGGUGCCCCACUUCUCAUGGUUCCUCGUGGUUUCGCGUCCUGUGUCCAAUGCCUGCCUGGUGCCACCAGAGGGGACGUUGCUGUACUCCUCGGGACAUCCUGGGGUCAAGGUCACAUUCCCCCCUGGGGCCACUGACGAGCCUCGGCAGGUCUAUAUGCAGGUGGUGCGCGUGGCCAGCGGGGAGCUUCGGGCCCUGCUGGAGGAGCCCGGGGCGGCGGCCAGCCCCCUGCUCUGCCUCUCCCAGAGCGGCCCCCCCAGCUUCCUCCAGCCGGUCACAGUGCAGCUGCCUCUGCCCCCCGGCGUCACAGGCCUCAGUCUGGAUCGCUCGUGCCUUCACCUGCUGUACCGGACCCCUCCCGAAGCCACGUGGGAUGACAUCACCACUCAGGUGGCCCUGGAGCUCACCCACCUGUAUGCUCGCUUCCGGGUCACGCACUUCUCCUGGUACUGGCUCUGGUACACCGCCAAGACCCGCGUGGAGGGCCUGGCUCGCAAGGCCUGGGAGCGGCUGCGGCUACACCGCGUGAGCCUCAUCGCGCUGCAGCGACGCCGCGACCCCGAGCAGGUGCUGCUGCAGUGUCUGCCCCUCAGCAAGGUGGAUGCCACCCUGCGGCGGCUGCUGGAGCGGUACCGAGGCCCCGAGCCCUCUGACACGGUGGAGAUGUUCGAGGGCGAAAAAUUCUUCGCUGCCUUCGAGAAGGGUAUUGACGUGGAUGCUGGUAUGCCCCCCCCUCCUUGGGGGCGGUGGGUGGACGCUGGGGUCUGUUCCCCAGGCUCCCCGCUGAACCCAUCCCCGCCCCCAGACCGCCCAGACUGCGUGCAGGGCAGGGUCUGUUUUGUCUUUUACUCGCACCUGAAGAACGUGAAGGAGGUGUAUGUGACCACAACCCUGGACCGACAGGCUCAGGCUGUGAGGGGCCAGGUGUCCUUCUACCGGGGAGCAGUGCCCGAGGACGUGCCCGAGGAGGCCGAGGCGGCCCGGCACCGGAAGGGCACAGACAGCCCGUGGAUGGCCACUCUGCCCAUCAAGCUGCCGAGACUGCGGGGGUCCAAGGCGCCAGGGCAGGGGCAGGGGACUAGUCUCUCCCUGGCACCUUUGAACCUGGGUGAUGCUGAGACUGGCUUCCUGACCCAGAGCAACCUGCUGAAUGUGGCCGGACGCUUGGGCCCUGACUGGCCAGCUGUGGCCCUGCACCUCGGCAUGCCCUACCGUGAGCUGCAGCGCAUCAGGCAUGAGUUCCGGGACGACCUGGACGGCCAGAUCCGUCACAUGCUCUUCUCCUGGGCUGAGCGCCAGGCCGGGCAGCCGGGGGCCGUGGGGCGCCUCGUCCAGGCCUUGGAGCAGAGUGACCGGCUGGACGUAGCCGAAGAGGUGAGGGCGGUGUUGGAGCUCGGCCGCCAGAAGUAUGAGGACAGCAUCCAGCGCACAGGCCUGGCCCCACCGGACCCUUCAGCAUCACCGUCCCCAGAGUCUGCCCAGGCCUAGACCCCACUGACUUUGGGCUGGCCCCUGAUGCACCCUGGCCAGUGGGUGCCUUCCCUGUGCGUGGGCACAGUGACUCCCUGUUCCCCUCGCCCCUACCGCGUGUAACACAUAUGUACUGUU